GAUAUUUCCCCAACGAGUGGCUGUGGCGCGCAGUGCUUUUUUAAUUUCUAUUUUUGCUUAAACCCCUGGAAAUAUAAUUUUUCUAUCGAAUUCUUUUUCAUAAUUUUGUUCAAAUCAAAUCAAUUUUACAACAAAAAUUAAUAUACCAUGAAAGCUCUUCAAGCUUCAAUAGCUUACAGCUUCCCCAUUUCUUCUCCUGCAGCUUCUCCCAGACGUUUCUCCCGUGUAAUUCGUGCUCAAGCGGAUCCUUCUGACAAAUCUAUGGAAGUAAUGAGGAAAUUUUCUGAGCAGUUCUGUCGUAAGUCAGAUACAUACUUUUGUGUUGAUAAAAGUGUCACUGCCGUUGUUAUCAAGGGAUUAGCAGAUCACAGGGACACAUUAGGUGCACCCCUUUGCCCAUGUCGGCAUUAUGAUGACAAAGAAGCUGAAGCAAAACAGGGUUUUUGGAAUUGCCCAUGUGUGCCAAUGAGGGAGAGGAAGGAGUGCCACUGUAUGCUGUUUCUGACCCCUGACAAUGAUUUUGCUGGCAAGGAGCAGACUAUCACAUUGGAUGAAAUUCGAGAAGUUACAUCAAAUAUGUAAAAUUGUGAUCUGAAGCCUCUUAUGCGUAGUAACAGUAGGCCUGUACAUUACGUACUAUCACGAGGAUGCCAAUAACUGUUGUACUGUUAUAUGUUGUAUAUACUCUUAUUCUGGAGAGCUUUGUCAUCUCUAACUCCGAGCUUUAUCAAGGUAUAUAGCCAUACUCGUAUCUGAGUGGUGUAUUUGGUUUUAUGAUACUCCGUAUCAUAUAAUACUGAGUGUUAAAGAAAGAAAAGGUCAAGAAUCAAGUACUACAAAGACUGAGAAUUUGAUGAUUGAGUUUAUUAUUA